CGCCCGGGACGACUCAGAGCCGGGAUCGCGAUGGCACCUGCCGCGUCAAGGCUGAGGGUGGAAUCCGAGCUCGGGUCGCUUCCCAAGCGAGCGCUCGCCCAAUACUUGCUGUUUCUAAAGUUCUAUCCGGUGGUCACCAAAGCUGUCAGCAGUGGCAUUUUGUCAGCCCUUGGAAACCUUCUGGCCCAGAUGAUUGAGAAGAAGCAGAAAAAAGACUCUCGAAGUCUAGAAGUCAGUGGGCUUCUCAGAUAUUUAGUUUAUGGGUUGUUUGUCACAGGUCCCCUGAGUCACUACCUCUACCUCUUCAUGGAGUACUGGGUCCCUCCUGAGGUUCCCUGGGCCAGAGUCAAGAGGCUCCUGCUGGAUCGCCUGUUCUUUGCCCCAACCUUUCUGCUGCUGUUCUUCUUCGUCAUGAACUUGCUGGAGGGAAAAAACAUCAGUGUCUUUGUUGCCAAGAUGAGGAGUGGCUUCUGGCCUGCUCUGCAAAUGAACUGGAGGAUGUGGACACCCUUACAGUUCAUCAACAUCAACUAUGUGCCCUUGCAGUUCCGGGUGCUCUUUGCCAACAUGGCAGCUCUGUUCUGGUAUGCCUACCUGGCCUCUCUGGGGAAGUGAUGUCUGAUACACCGUGGAUGAGGUGUGGGGAGAUCCAACCACCAGCAGGAGAGAGCAGAAUCCAUCAUUAAGGACACCUCAUGACUAAAUUAUGUGAUUCAAGAUGCCUUAAAAUUACAGAGGGAGGAACGUGUCAGUGUCGGAAUCAUGUGCUUCAAAGAGACAGCACUAGUCUCGGUGGAGUUAAUCUUAGUUGUCACUGCAAACAGGUAAAGGUCAAUAAACAGUGAUGCAGCUGCUUCCA